GGCCUGUUUCAUAGAAGAAGCAGAGGAAGAGAGCAGGUGGCCUUCUCUCUUAAGCCAUCUCUCUCCCCCUUCCUUCUACACACACACAUACACACCUACAUAUAUGUGUGUAUAUGUAUAUGUGUGUAUAUAUACACUUAAACUAGAGUCUCAAUAAGUUAAUAACCCUGUUUUGUUUCUGAUGAUUUGUAUGUUAAAUUGUUAAUUCAGCAAGUUAAGAAAAAAAAGGUUGAAUUUUGAAAUACCCAUAUAAAAUCUUGUCUAAAAAUGGCAGAUUUUAAGAGGGAAAGCACUAAAAAGUCAAGAUUAUCUCUAAAAACACUACCUUUUUUCUUAUCUUCAUCAACUUCAAAUGAUCAAAACAAGUCACUAAAAAGAUUUAGGGAGCAAAACGGUGUCGUCGGGCUGGGAAUUGUGGUAGCUUUGAGUGAUGAAUCAUUGGUUCAUAGUACGCAAAACCCGGUUUUUUCGGUUUCUCCUAGAUCCAACCCAAUUCCCAUAUUUAGCAAACACUCAACUCAAGAUGUUGAGAUUGAGUUAUUGGAGGAGUAUACAUGUGUGAUAUCACAUGUGGGGAAUAAUUUGAUCAAGAAAAGAGAGUAUUUUGAUGAUGGAGUUAAGAAAAAAAGUUGUGUUAAUGGUGGUCAUGUUACUACAUAUUGGGUUAGCACUAAUGGUGGUGGUGGUGGAGUGUUUUGUUCACCGUCGCCUCCGGUGGUUGUUGGUGGUGGGAUGGUGUUUGAGGAUGUGGAUUUCUUGAGUUCAUGCCAUCUUUGCAAGAAAAAGCUUCAUGGAUUGGAUAUUUUCAUGUACAGAGGUGAGAAAGCAUUUUGUAGUGAAGAAUGCCGGUACAAGCAGAUAUCGGUCGAUGAACACAAAGAAAAGUAUGCAUCGGGCACAAGGAAACAAUCAGAACGUGUCGACUCUCUAUGCUCAAGCCCUAUGCAGUUUCUUGCCGGGAUGGCUAUAGCAUAAAGGUUUUUGAUUUAUAUAUAUACACAUAUAUAGAUAUAAAUAACGAAAAUGAAUACAUGUUUUGGUUCAAAACGAACCCAAAAUAAGUUAUUUAUGUUCGAUAGCGAUGAGAACAAUGAAGGAUGGUGAUGUUUGGAAUCUAGGGUGAAAUGAGGGGAUUUAGGGUAGUAUUUGUUUAUGACUAUGAAGUUUUUUUGACAGAUUUUGGUUGUUAUAGUUUUGUAAUCUUUCAGUUAAUGGUUGGAAGUUGAGACUUAAUGUUUCAAAAAUAACUAAUUAUUAAAUUGAAUGUUUAAAAGUCAA